ACGGAUUAGAGCCAACCGCGCACUUCAGGAGGCGGUGGGGCUGCGCUUCCCUCCCGCGCCCCGGGAACUUCAAAGCGGCGGGCGCUGCCCCGGCCGCCUGGUCCGCUCUGGGGCCUCGCAGCCCCGCGCGGCCGCCCGGUGGCCAUGACCCGAGCGCUCGGCGCGGCGCUCCGCCCGGCUCUGCUGCUCGCCGCGGCCGCCGCGCUCUCCGCAGGACUGAAGUGUGUUUGUCUUUUGUGUGACUCUUCAAACUUCACCUGCCAAACAGAAGGAGCAUGUUGGGCUUCAGUUAUGCUAACCAAUGGAAAAGAGCAGGUGAUCAAGUCCUGUGUCUCUCUCCCAGAAUUAAAUGCUCAAGUCUUCUGUCAUAGUUCCAACAAUGUUACCAAAACCGAGUGCUGCUUCACAGAUUUCUGCAAUAACAUAACACUGCACCUUCCAACAGCCUCACCAAAUGCCCCCAAAAUCGGACCCAUGGAGCUGACUGUUGUUAUUACUGUGCCAGUGUGCCUGCUGUCCGUGGCGGCAGUGCUGAGCAUCUGGGCAUGCCAAGGUCGACAGUGCAGCAACAGGAAGAAAAAGAGGCAGAAUGUGGAGGAGCCCCUCUCUGAAUGCAACCUGGUAAAUGCUGGGAAAACUCUGAAAGAUCUGAUUUACGAUGUGACCGCCUCUGGAUCCGGAUCUGGGUUACCUCUGUUGGUUCAGAGAACAAUUGCCAGGACGAUUAUCCUCCAGGAGAUUGUAGGAAAAGGCCGAUUUGGUGAGGUCUGGCAUGGAAGAUGGUGUGGGGAAGACGUGGCUGUGAAAAUAUUCUCCUCCAGAGAUGAAAGAUCCUGGUUUCGCGAGGCAGAAAUUUAUCAGACGGUGAUGCUGAGACACGAGAAUGUCCUUGGUUUCAUUGCUGCUGACAACAAAGAUAAUGGAACUUGGACCCAACUUUGGCUUGUCUUGGAAUAUCAUGAACAGGGCUCCUUGUAUGACUAUUUGAAUAGAAACAUAGUGACCGUGGCUGGGAUGAUCAGACUGGCACUUUCCAUAGCUAGUGGUCUGGCCCACCUUCAUAUGGAGAUUGUUGGUACACAAGGCAAACCUGCCAUUGCUCAUCGAGACAUAAAAUCAAAGAAUAUCUUGGUGAAAAAAUGUGAAACUUGUGCCAUAGCGGACUUCGGAUUAGCUGUGAAGCACGAUUCCAUACUGAACACUAUUGACAUACCUCAGAAUCCUAAAGUGGGAACCAAAAGGUAUAUGGCCCCUGAAAUGCUUGAUGAUACAAUGAAUGUGAAUAUCUUUGAGUCCUUCAAACGCGCUGACAUAUAUUCUGUUGGUCUGGUUUACUGGGAAAUAGCCCGAAGGUGUUCAGUUGGAGGAAUUGUUGAGGAAUACCAGUUGCCUUAUUAUGACAUGGUGCCUUCAGAUCCCUCAAUAGAGGAAAUGAGGAAGGUUGUUUGUGAUCAGAAGUUUCGACCAAGCAUCCCAAACCAGUGGCAAAGCUGUGAAGCACUCCGAGUCAUGGGGAGAAUAAUGCGCGAGUGUUGGUAUGCCAAUGGGGCAGCCCGCCUCACUGCCCUUCGUAUUAAGAAGACUAUUUCUCAACUUUGUGUCAAAGAAGACUGCAAAGCCCAACGAUGAUAAUCAUGUUAAAAAAUCUCUCGCAGCUUUUUUCUCUCAUUUUCCCUCUUUAUGUGAAUGUGUUUUGCCUUUGUUGUUGUUGUCUACCUCAAUGAUAAUGCAGUACAGUAUUUAAGUGUGCAAAGGCAGCAUGAAAAAAAUAACUCACAUCAAGCAGGAGUUGACUUUAUCCAAUCUUCAUGUUGUCUAAUUUUAUUUUGAAAAGCAACACAUCAGCUCAUGUAUUUAAUAAGAAAGAUACUGUAAAGGUGUAAAAUAAGCUAUAUAAAAUAAUAAGCGUCAUUAAGGUUUUAUUUUACUUGAACCAAGAGUGCAUGAAUGAAUGGAAAAAAUGUGUUGAAAAAAAGUGAGAUGAGAACAUUCAUUAAAAAUGUAAACUAGAAUAUGUAAAAAUGUAAACUAGAAUAUGUACAUCUAAUCAAAAUGUAACAUCAUGCAGUCUACGGUGUUCUCCAUUUUUUAAAUUAAGCAGGAUCUUUAAAAAAAUAAAUGUUGCUCCAAAUUUCAUAUACAAAACAUGGAAAAGUGGAGCUUCUCAGUUGGAAGGUGGAAGUGAGGUCUAGGUCCCAGUUACUUGGUCCCCCAACCCCUACCUUUCCCUUCUCUUCAUAAUCCAUCACCACAGCAGCCCCUGAAGCAAACAGUUUGAAAGCCACUGAAAUUGUUACUUCCUCUUAUUUACAAAAGAGAUGCUUGACAUUUGGAGACAUGGAGAAAUGUCUCAAAGUCACACCACUAGUGGCAGAGCUGGCUCUAGGUCUGAGCCUUGUGACCAUCCGCACUGUAGAGUUAGCUAGCUUCUUACUGCCCUUUUAAUUCCAACAUUAUUUUUCUUCCUGUGCCAAAACAGCAUCUUUCAUGAUGAUAUUUGUGGUUUAGUAACACAAGACAAAUUGAGGGUUUUUUGUUUGUUUGUUUGUUUGCAGAAUCAUAAUGGACCUACAUGAACUCUUAGGACAAUAUCCAUUGAUUUUUUUUCAUAGAGUUGUCAUAGUCACCCUAUUUGUUAGAUAAGUAUUAAUGUUUUCUAAAAACUUGCAGAGGUAAAUCAAACAAAGACCCAUUGUCAGAAGAUGUCUUUAAGAUGCAUUUCAGAGGUCCCUGUUACUUUUGUGCAUACACAUUUAGAAGGAAAAGAACAGAAAAGGAAGAGGAAACGAGGAAAUAUCUUGAAAAAAUUUUAAGAAAACCUUAAAUGAAGUAUAACAACCAAAUUCUACAGAGGGUAUCAGUAAGUAUAAAUAGACAUUUCCUACCCUUUCAAAAUGAGUGAGUGAGUGCAGAAGAAGGCUCAUGAUAAUAUUGCCUGUAUUCUACUUCCUGUGGAGAUAGAAGUGAUGAAUUCUGAAAAAUACAUAGAACAUUAAAUAUUUCCUACAAAUCUAUAAUUCUGUUUUGGUGAAGGAGUUUAACAUGGUAUCUUCUAUUGUUAUAAAAUAUUAUUUUCUAAACCCUGUUCCUUAGAACACUCUUCUACUGAGAUGAUCCAAGACCAAAAGGAUUAUUUGAUAGAUUCUUAAAAUGUGAUACUGCACAUUAGUGUGUCGUGUGCUUUGAUGGGUCUAGCAGUAAAGAAAUGUUACUUGGAUUUCUUUAGACUGGAUUUCCCAAAUUAUUUGACCAUGGAACCCUUUUAUUAAGAGGAGGGGAAAUCUUUUACUACCCCACAUUUCAAUGUUCUACAAAGCACAAUUUGGGUAACAGUGUUCUGAAGAAUAUAUAUUUUUUCCCACAUAGACUGCACUGCAGUGCUUAUAAUUUACUUAUCUGUGGACCUGUGUUACUGAACCCUUUUUCAUUUGAUUGGGAUGAUAUAUCAAAGCCAAAAACCUUGCAGCUGUAGUUUGUAUAUACUUUCAUUCUCACUCACCCAUUCUUUAAAUAAUGUGGGGCAUCCCAUAUCUUCCUUGCCACAAUAUUGGGCCCAAUAGGAAAAUUAAAAGAUAGAUAGGUUCUGCCCUCAGGGAUUUUAAACUCUAACUUGGGAAUGGCAACAGACAUGUAGGAGUGUGGGGGAAGAAAGCAAAUUGACAAAUCAAUAUAGCACAAAGUAGUAUGUUUUGAGUUCUAUCUGACAAAUUAAGAUGAUUUGACUUCUAUAAGACAAAUUAGGAUGUUUUCAGUUCUGUUGACAAAGUAGGAUGUUUUGAGUUCUGUAUGACAAAUUAUUUUCAUUUUGCAAUACAUUUAGAAACUUCUUUAUUUGGCUAUUCCAGACAAUCUAAAUAAUAUGUGACCUUUUUAAAAUUGCAUAUGUGAAGGAUUUUUUAAAAAGCUUAUGUGAAGGGAGUAAUCUUGCUCAUUCUUGUUAUCUUCAUCUCUCAUAGAUUAUUUCUGCAUAUAUGAGAAUGAAGUUAUUUAUUUACUAUGGUUGUACUAUAGUUUCAAAUAAAUGAGAAUAACAUUUUCUGUUUUACUCACUUAUGUUGGGUGAAUAUGCUUAAUUUUUAAGAA